AUGGCGAGAACCAGAUCAACCAAGUCCGCUCCGGCGGCGAAGACGGAGGCAAGCAAUGCCCCAACGACGGCCAAGUACAGUCUGCCACAGGAGUCGUCGAGCGCACCCAAGCUAUUCAUCAUUCCUACCAAGGCUACCCAAGAGGCUCGCAUAGUCUCUCUUCCUAAUCCCAGAUACUCGAAACCUACACGGUAUCUGCUCUGCCCAGACACGGGCAUCUACGAGUUCACCAAGAUCGCAGCACCCAACACCAGCCCGAGGAGCUGGAUGAUCGAGACACCCACCGGCGAUUUGGAGAAGUCAAAUGAUGGAGACAACUCAAAGCUCCAGGCGCAGGUCACCAAUGGCGCUGACCUCUUCGUCGCGACUCCCAUUGAUCCCAUCUUCCUCCUGCUUCCCGGCCUUUUCGGCCCUGCCAGCGCAAAGUCGACCGAAUCGAAACGCCUCUUCCUCUCCAGCGACGACCACUUCGACGCCGUUUCCUCGUCGUCCUCCCAUAUGGCCGAGGCUCUGCGAUGCCCAAAAACCCGCGCGCUUCUUGAGUCACGAAUGGAAACGGUCUGCGACACUGUCGAUGCUGGUGACGAGAAGAUGUACCGACUGAGCGAGAAGAAGCUUGUCAACGAGGUUCUGUCAAAAGCAAAAGCGAUGAGCUCUAAAAGUCUUCCGAAAAGUAUGGAGGAAAAGUUUGUGAAGAAGGCCUUGGAGGCACCUAUUCAAGUACAAAGAUCACAAGCGGUGACAGUGGAAGCGAAACCGGCUGCCGAUGGAGCGACGGAUGGUUCCCAAGAUUCCACCAAGAAUGAAUCAGGCGAGUCUCAGACGUCCGAGUCUACGGUGGACAGUACACAAUCAGCUGUCUCGACUUCGACUGCCGCAACAUCUAUCAGCGAAGUCGUGGAAGAGACCAUCGUCAGUGCCAUCCAAGCAUCAGAGGAGGUCACCAACCUUCAGAGACUCAAGGUCGCAUUCAAUUUCAUCUGCUCCAGCUAUAUCGCGCCUGGGAUGACCGCGAUGCUGAGGCCACUCCUUGCUGACCAGGAGACGACCAGCGUCGACUUCACCCCUCUGGAUGACUACUUGGCUCAACUUGCCAAACUGCGCGCCGAAGCCGCAUCGUCUAGAUCAAUGGCCGACUACUCCAGGAAGCGAAUGAUGGAUGAGGAGGAGGAAGAGGCACGUGCUGACAAGAAGAGGAAGAUGGAGGAGGAGAAGAAACGGAAAGCCACCCAAAGCCGCGGAGUCAGAGCUUUGGAGAAGGUCAACACUAAAGGCAUGAAGAAGAUGAGCGACUUCUUCAAGAAGAAAUAG